AUGAUCGCAAAUGACUCUUUUUAUACAUCAUUACAUACUUGCAUGAAUAAUAAUCAACAUGGACAAUCAAAUAAAAUUCAAAUUAUUACUACAAGUGAUAUUAAUGUAGAUCAAAUUUCAGCAAAUGAUAUAAAUAUGGAUCAGAUUGUAUUUGAUGCAGAAAUUUUAGCAAUUGAUAUGAUACUAAAACAACCCAAAUUGCAGCAGCAGAACU